GUUUACAAUCACUUUACAUCCCUAGCAAACCUCUCUCUAUCUCUCUCGAUCUCUCUCGACUGCAUAAUCACUCUUACGUCUACUUCACGCCCCGCCGUCGUCUUUCCUCAACUCCGCGGCUUAGAUCCGAGGAGUUUUGGAAAAUCCUAAGCUUUAACAACCAAUCGAUCGUCCGAAACUUUUCUCUCAUCCCUUUAAUUCCUCUACCUUUCAUUCUUACAGACAUGGCUGGCUCUGCUCCUGAAGGUUCUCAAUUUGAUGCAUCUAAAUUUGAUGCCAAGAUGAAUGAAUUGCUGGUUGAAGAUUUCUUCACCUCUUAUGAUGAAGUUCAUGACAGCUUUGAUGCAAUGGGCUUACAAGAAAACCUUUUAAGAGGCAUUUAUGCUUAUGGUUUUGAGAAGCCAUCAGCAAUUCAGCAAAGGGGAAUUGUUCCUUUCUGCAAAGGAGUUGAUGUGAUUCAACAGGCACAGUCUGGAACUGGAAAAACAGCAACUUUCUGCUCUGGAAUUUUGCAGCAGCUUGAUUACAGCUUAGUUGAUUGCCAAGCUUUAGUCCUUGCUCCUACUCGUGAGCUUGCGCAGCAAAUAGAAAAGGUUAUGCGUGCACUUGGUGAUUAUCUUGGUGUAAAGGUUCAUGCUUGUGUGGGAGGAACUAGUGUUCGUGAGGAUCAACGCAUCCUUCAAAGUGGAGUUCAUGUCGUUGUUGGCACGCCUGGUCGUGUUUUUGACAUGCUGAGGAGGCAGUCACUUCGUGCUGACCAUAUCAAAAUGUUUGUGUUGGAUGAAGCUGAUGAAAUGCUUUCAAGAGGGUUCAAGGAUCAGAUCUAUGACAUUUUCCAGCUGCUGCCACCAAAAAUCCAAGUUGGGGUUUUCUCUGCUACAAUGCCACCCGAAGCCCUCGAAAUCACCCGUAAGUUCAUGAACAAACCCGUAAGGAUCCUUGUCAAACGUGACGAACUCACCCUCGAAGGUAUCAAGCAAUUCUACGUAAACAUCGAGAAAGAAGAAUGGAAACUUGAGACCCUAUGCGAUCUCUACGAAACCCUAGCCAUCACUCAGAGCGUCAUCUUCGUCAACACCAGGCGAAAGGUCGACUGGCUAACCGACAAGAUGCGCAGCCGCGAUCACACAGUUUCGGCCACUCACGGUGACAUGGAUCAGAAUACACGUGACAUCAUUAUGCGCGAGUUUCGCUCGGGUUCUUCUCGAGUUUUAAUCACCACUGAUCUUUUGGCACGUGGAAUUGAUGUUCAACAAGUUUCGCUUGUGAUUAACUUUGACCUUCCUACUCAGCCAGAGAAUUAUCUUCAUAGAAUUGGUAGGAGUGGUCGGUUUGGGAGGAAGGGUGUUGCUAUUAACUUUGUGACCAAGGAUGAUGAGAGGAUGCUUGGAGAUAUUCAGAGGUUUUAUAAUGUCACUGUUGAAGAGCUCCCUGCCAAUGUUGCUGAUCUUCUUUGAAGAACAAGAAGAAGAAGAGGAGUUUUGAUUUGACAAAAAAGGUAAUAUCCUUGUUUCUGAAGUUAUUAUUAUUGUCUUAUUAUUAUUAUUAUUAUUAUUUUUAGAGGCUUUGUGGUGAAUUUAAAUCUUGUAUUGGGUUGUGCGACCUGAUGUUAUCCAGAUUGCAAAUUUUGUUGGUUUCAUUUUGUGUUGUUUACGACGAUGCCCGCAACAAUUGGAUGUUGUUUGAACUGUGGGCGGAGAUUUGUCUUUGUUUUUCGUUUAUGAUAUAUAUAUUUCAUUUCAACAAAAUUGCAUGUUUUUUUAUUUGUUUUAAGUUUA